AUGACUUCGGACUCGAGCUUCUCCACGCACUCCGAUUCGCUGCCUCGUGCCCUUGAUCUUCCGUCGCCGUUUGCAGACGCAUCCAAAAACCCUGCCCACCUUGCCUUCGCGCCCAUAGCGCUGGCGCAAUACCACAACAUUGCGCAAGAGCUGGCCUCCAACAACCUCUAUCGCAUCUUGCGCGCACCAGGCCCCAUUCGUGUCUGGGUCUACCGCUCGCUGCUCGCCCAACAUCGGCUGUGGAAUGACUGGGACCGCCGCGCCACUGCCACUGCCACGCAUUCGAGAGACAAGAUGGGCGAGUCUGAGCGACCCUACAGUUCAAACGGCAGAGUGGCGAGGCCAUACCUCACGCGCCUCCGCCUCGCACUCGCACCGUAUACGGUCCACUUCCACAACCCAGGAUACAUCAGAGACGACACCCUGCGCAUGCUGGAGCGGGACGUUGUGAAGAAGACAUUGGAGGAGUCGCGCAAGAGCCUGGAGCUGCGCGAAGAACUCGGCCUUUCGUGCGAGUUCUGGGACGAGCUUGCAGGCGUGCUCAAGGCCGCCAUCCCCUCGCUCGAGCGGCGUUGCUUUGCCGCGCCAGACCCGGCGGCACCAGAAUACGAGGGCUUGUCGGGCCCGCUCAUAGCCAGCUACUCGCCGAGCCUGUUGCGGGACCUGGAGCGGUUGAAUCAGCUCGUGUGUAUUGCGCGCAAUGUGCUGGUGCACGGAGAGCGGGUGCAAAAUCUGAGUGCAGAUAGGCUGUUCGACAAGGACAUCUUCGCCCUCAUCAGCGUGUGCGUUCGUGUCACGGCGAGGGGCUAUGACGGCGAAGCGGGAACACAAGACGAGGACAAAUGGCAGGGUGUCAUCAAUGCCUAUAAGAAGCUCCUCAUUACCUGCCUGCAAUUCCUCAAUAACCUGAUUGCCAAGAAUGAACAGCGCAAGCUCAUGCUCUGGAUUGAGCUGUUCGACAGCCACCUAGACAACGAGCUGCCCAACUUCGCCGACAUGAAAUACAAAAUGGACGAGUUUCCACAGCAGGACCAGGGUCCGCCCCCGGAAGAGCAGCCUCACAGUCAUGCAGCGCGAAGCCUGGAUACCUUCAAGAUACCCCAGCAGCCGGCCUCGUCUCCCUUCCUGCUUUAUAUUGGCGAGACGGGAAACGACGCCAAGAAGGCGCUCAUACAACACGGUGUCAAGGCGGGUGCAAAUGAAAUCGCCGCCGAGUGCAGAAGGCGGUGGCAGACCAUGAGUGAAGAAGAGAAAAACAAAUGGAACAUGCUGUAUGCAGACGUUGUCGCUCGGUACCGGGACCAAAUCACGCAGUCCAGCACCUACCGCAAAGUCGUUGACCAGCAUGCCAAGAAUGAGGAGAGCGUGCAAGCACUCGCCAAAAGUAUCAACCAACUCCAAGUUGAGGUCGACCGAAUGCGCUCAUCCAUCACCGUGCUACCGGGGGACGAGUCCGGGCCACACCGACAAUCAUCGCCCUCUGAAGGGGAGACACAGUCCCCAAGACCAGCAACGGAUGACUCGUUACUAGAUCCCAGCAUCAAACGGUCUCCCCCGGCAGGUGAGAUCGAUUUCCGUGUGACAUACCCGCCAUCCUUCGGAGCAGAGAUUCUCCAAAAUGGAAAAGAAGAUUUGCUCAAGCGUCUGGAGCCAGACCCCGACCGACCAUCAGGGCUAAUCAGUGACGUAGCCUCUCCAACAUCUCCUCCACCCGAGGAAGACGAUGACAAUGAUGACGACUACGACGACAUCCCCGGGGAUGAGGGCCGAGGCUUGCUCACAGAUGUUCCGCUUAUUCUGGGUCCUACUGAAAUCGAGGUUCUGCCCAUGAUCAUCAUGGCUGGCAUUGUCGAGCCGCACGAGGGACAACCUGGCUAUCAUGCCGACCCGACUAUAUUUAGCAGUGUGAGGAGCAUGCAUGGUGUGCGGUGUCACCUGCUCCUGGCACAAGAUAAUGGACGAAAUCUGCUUCGUGAAUUGUUGAUCUUCGUCGCCGCUUGGGACCUUCGAGAGGAGGAACUCUAUUUCAAAUUCAUGGUGAAGAUUAUGGAAGCCAUACUCGCAAACCAGCUACUGCCGUUUGCUUACCAUGCCUUCCGAGAAUCAGAAUCCAAGGACAUUAUAUCGCCAGCCCAAGCUGUCAUCAUGAAGCUUCUCACCAAUAUCUUCCGCGCCAGACAAGUCCGCACUCAACCCAACAAGGGACAUGUCAAGUCGAAUCAUGCGCAGGUUGACCAGGGCGAUGUUCAUAUGGUGAAUUUUCUGCUUACCGAGUUUCGACGGCAUAUCAUCCCACAAACCUGUGCACUCAUUUUCCUGCAGGGCCAGAUUCGAGCCGGACAUGCGCAGCCUGAAGACUUUCCUCUCAAUCUCUGGGACAUGGAGCGCAUGUACGAGGGCGUGUACCAGUACCUAGAGUUUUUCGCUAUCCUCACAGAACACGAAACAUGGAAAAGGAUGCUGAGCAACUGGGAAAUCUCGCACGAACUAGUCACUCUUCUCAAAGAACUUGAUGCCGCGAUACCCAAGGGUCAGCUGUCACCGCCACCUCUGAGAAAUGCACAACAUGCACCACCAACCCCCACACCAGCAGAGGGGGACGCACCACCACCACCACCACCACCACAACAACAACAACAACAACAGCCGCCACAGCCACAACCAGUCGCGGUUGAGCGACCUUAUGACACAACAGCAGGAUCCUCCGAGUCCUAUGUUCCUCCGCCAACAUCACCAUCACCUCGGCCGUACAUGGAUGAAGCUGCAGACGAGCCGUCAGACUUUGAGUGGCGUAAUCUCAAGAAGCUCGCUAUCCUUGUGCUAAGCUCAUUAGUAUGGAAGAACAAACAUGUCCAAGACCAGGUUCGUCCUCUAGGCGGCAUCGAGGCAGUGUUGAAUUGCUGCUCGUACGACGAGCACAACCCGUAUAUCCGCGAGCACGCCAUCAUGUGUCUCCGCUUCCUCAUGGAAGGCAACAAGGAUAAUCAGGAACGCAUCCAUGUGCUGGAAAAAUUCAGCCAGAGAGCAAUGGCCAAAGCCAAGAAUGCCGCAAAUGCACCAGGCGACGCAGCAGACGAGAUCCUCGACAGCCCCGUCAACGUCCGUGUACCUGACGAAGUGCUCGAUCAACAAGGGUACGAAACCUACAUGGACAAACAAGGGCAGGUCAUGUUGCGGAAACGCCAGGCCCCACCUCCAGCCCAACAACCACUGACAUGUCGCUCAGAUCUAGGAGCCAAGGGUAAAGGAAAACUCGAUGCUGCUACGCUUGGCAGCAUGAGAGACCCCAAAGCACUCGAGGACUUGGUGCAGCAAGUCAUGCGCGACCUGCCGCGGGUGCAGGGCCUGAGGGGUGGGGAGGAGAGAGCAAUCGAGGUUGAAGAGGCGUUGAAGAAGCUGGAUAAGGGGUUUGAUGGCGGGAACUCGCAAGGCUGA